GCUGCCUUGUCACGUACUGUCACAUACUGCCUCUAGGCUGUUAAGCUUGGGCUUUUCCCAAGGGUGAUGGGGAGCCACGGAAGGCUUUUCUAUCGCUACCAGGACCUGGCUCCCCAGCUCGUCCCCCUCGACUAUACCAGCUGUCCUGAUGUGAAGGUGCCCUACGAGCUCAUCGGCAGCAUGCCUGAGCUGAAGGACAACCCAUUCCGCCAGAGGAUUGCCCAGGUGUUCUCUGACGAUGGGGACGGCCACAUGACCUUGGACAACUUCCUGGACAUGUUUUCCGUGAUGAGCGAAAUGGCUCCCCGUGACCUCAAAGCCUACUAUGCUUUCAAAAUUUAUGACUUCAACGACGAUGGCUACAUCUGUGCGUGGGACCUGGAGCAGACGGUGACCAAGCUGACGCGGGGGGAGCUGAGCGCCGAGGAGGUGAGCCUGGUGUGUGAGAAGGUGCUGGGCGAGGCCGACGGGGAUCACGAUGGGCGGCUCUCCCUGGAAGACUUCCAGAACAUGAUCCUGCGGGCACCCGACUUCCUCAGUGGGCAGAGGGUACAACUGUGCUUGGCAGUCCUGGGCGGAAUCAAAGCCCCCCACCGGAGGGCUGAGAGCGAGUGAAUACAGGGGACGGCCAGCCACCUGUUUUUGUACCUCCCCACCUUCCACAUCCGCAUCUGAGGGCACCGUGGAGAAGCCGGGUCAGAGGAGGCUGGCGUGACCCAUCACUCCACUGUGGAAUCCGGCCUCCCUGGGUUCUGGGAAUAAACACAUGGCACUGAGUCACAUCUGC